AUGGUUCACUUCUUGCACCCGGGCCGCUCGCCCCGGAACAUCGUCCUUCCCGACGCCCAGAAGGAUGCCCUGGGCUGCAGCGUGGCGCAGGAGGAGGCGUCUCCCUACUCUUUGGUGACCAUCUGCCUGAAAUUCCUGAUUGCCAACUUGGAGAAGUUGUGUUCUGAAAGACCUGAUGGAACACUGUGCCUUCCGGAGCCUUGGAGUUUUCCUCAGGAAAUAGCUGAUCAGUUCCUUGGGUUGAUGACUUGGCAUGGCAAGCUGAAUGAUAGAACAGCAAGCAUUUUCCGAGGCAGCCAGAUGAAACUGAAGCUGGUCAAUAUCCAGAAAGCUAAAAUCUCUGCAGCUGCUUUCAUAAAAGCCUUCUGCCAUCAUAAGCUCACUGAACUGGAUGCUACUGAAGUAGAAUGUGCCCUCUCAAUCCCCGAUAUUUUAAGUGGACUUUGCAGCAAUAGCUGGAUCCAGCAAAACCUACAGAAUCUCUUCUUGGGCUCAGCAAGUAUCCCUCAAGAUUCAAGACUGUUCUUUGGUCAGCUCACUGGUCUUCGCAUUUUAAGUGUUGUCAGUGUUGAUCUUCAUAAUGAAGACCUGGCUAGUAUUUGUCAGUUACCGAAACUGGAAAGCUUGGAUAUCUCCAAUACUCUGGUCACUGACAUUUCUGCACUCCUUACCUGUAAGGAUCAUCUGAAAUUUCUCAGCAUGCAUUAUCUGAAAUGCCUGACCAUGACUGGACCACAAGUUAUUUCAGUCAUUAGUAAACUCAAUUGUCUGCUUCACCUCGAUAUUUCUGAUCAUAGACAACUCAAGUCUGAUUUAGCUUUUCAUUUGCUACAGCAGAACGAUAUCCUGCCUAAUGUUGUAUCCCUGGAUAUUUCUGGGGGCAGUCACAUCACUGAUGGAGCUGUAGAAUUGUUUGUACGGCAGCGGCCUGCAAUGUGUUUCUUGGGACUGUUGGCUACGGAUGCUGGUUAUUCUGACUUCUUUACCACAAAGCAAGGCUUGAGGGUUGCUGGAGGAGCCAAUAUGAAUCAGAUUUCCGAAGCACUGAACCACUACAGGAAUAGAUCAUGUUUUUUCAAAGAAGCUCUCUACAGGCUGUUCACAGAGACAUUUUCAACGCAGGUAAUCAUGCCUGCAGUUUUAAAGCUUGUGGCUUUAGGAAUGAGGACCCAUCCACUGGACUUGGCAGUGCAGUUCACUGCCAGUGCUUGUGCCCUCAACUUGACUCGCCAGGGCCUGGCCAAGGGGAUGCCUGUUCGCCUGCUGUCAGAGGUUACCAGUCUACUUCUCAAGGCUCUGAAAAAUUUUCCUCAAUACCCCCAGUUACAGAAGAAUUGUCUUCUCUGCUUAACCAAUUCCCGGAUUCUUGCGGAUGUUCCAUUUGACAGAUUUUAUGCUGCAAAGUUUGUUAUGGGAUGGCUCUGUAGGCAUGAAGACCCCAAGAUGCAAACAAUGGCAGUGAGCGUCAUCUCUAUUCUAGUCCUCCAGCUCUCACCUGAGAGAAUUUUACAGCUUAAAGAAGAGCUCUUCUCAGCAAUUAAGGAACUGCUAGAGAUAUUAAAACGAAAGACUACUGAGAAGUUACAUGAUAUCACCUUCUUGUUUACUUUGAAAGCACUUUGGAAUCUCACAGACGAGUGUCCAGCUGCAUGCAAGCACUUUGUUGAACAUCAAGGAUUGCCCAUCUUCAUUCAAGUCCUGGAGACUUUUCCGGAAUCAGCAAUACAAAGCAAAGUACUUGGUCUUUUGAACAACAUUGCCGAAGUCACAGAGCUCUCGUGCGCACUGAUGACCAGCGAGGUGAUGCAGCAUGUCAGCAGCUUACUCCACAGCAAGGAGAUAGAAGUCAGCUAUUUUGCUGCAGGUAUCGUAGCCCAUCUGACAUCUAACAAGCAGCUCUGGAAAUACCGUGGCCGUCAGAGGAAAAGUGUUCUCCGAGAUCUGCAUGCAGCCAUCCAGAAUUGGCCAAGUUCAAGUUGUAAGAUGUCAGCAUUAGUGACCUACAGAUCCUUCAAGCCUUUUUUCCCACUGCUUGGCAACUUCUGUCAACCAGAGGUUCAACUCUGGGCACUGUGGGCCCUGUGUCAUGUCUGUAGUAAAAACCCCAGCAAAUACUGCAAAAUGCUUGUGGAAGAAGAAGGAUUUCAGCUUUUGUGCAACAUCCGGGAUCACAAGAGGGCACAUCCCCAAGCACAGCAGCUCGCGGCCUCCAUUCUAGAUGACUUCCGAAUGCACUUCAUGAAUUACCAGAAGCCCUCUGUGUGCCAGGUGCCGGUUCUCACCUGAGUGCCUGCAGCUAUGCCCUCUACUGCAGCUUUCCAUGUUGAAUUCUGUGUUGAAGCCAGCUGUGCGAGUUUGUGGAGCAGCCAUCUUAUUACCUUUCUUUGUUGGUCUCUGUAAGUUUCAAAAGCUUGGGUUCAUUCUAUAGCAUCAUCUGGAUCAGGUUGGAAUUCGUCUGGGGACACCUUGUUUGUAGCAGUUUUGGAUAACUCGGACCAUGGAUGCUCUGGGAGGAGUCGGGGGCUUGU